AUGUUUGAUUGCUCUUCUAUUGGAAAUAUGUUGAAUCUGGAAGUGCUAAGCUUUGCUAACUCUGGAAUUGAGCUGUUACCUUGGACAAUUGGAAAUUUGAAGAAGCUAAAACUACUGGAUUUGACAGAUUGUGGUGGUCUUCGUAUAGACAAUGGUGUAUUUAAAAAUUUGGUUAAACUACAAGAGCUUUAUACGAUAUGUGGCUAUCCACCAGACAACCGCAUUAAAUUCACAGAUGAUAACUGCAAUGAAAUCGCAGAAGGUUCAAAAAACCUUUAUGCUUUCGAAUUUGAGUUCUUUCGGAACAAUGCUCUACCAAAGAAUAUGUCAUUUGAGAAUAUUGAACGAUUCAAGAUCUCAGUGGGGUGUGCUUUAGAUGGAAAUAUUAGUAAGACCAAACACUCAUUCGAAAACACGUUGCAGUUGGUUGUAAAUAAAGACGAAAUAUUGGAAUCUAGAAUGAAUGAGUUGUUUCAAAAAACAGAGGCGCUUUGUUUGACAGUGGAAGAUAUGAAUGAUCUUGAAGAUAUUGGGUUCAAGCCCUCACACCCUCUCCAUACCUCUUCCUUCUACAAAUUAAGAGUCCUUGUCGUUUCAGAAUGUGCAGAGUUGAGAUAUCUUUUCACACUUGGUAUUGCAAAAGCGUUACCAAAUAUUGAGCAACUUGAUGUCGAGUCAUGUGUUAAUAUGGAAGAACUCAUACAUACUGGGAGUAAUGCAGAAGAAAUAAUUACCUUCCCCAAGUUGAAGUUUUUAUCUUUGCGUUGGCUACCAGUGCUAUCGGGCUUGUCUCAUAGUGUCAAGAUAAUUGAGCUGCCACAACUCGUUGAGUUAAGACUUUGUGGAAUUCCAAAUAUCACCGGAAUUUAUACCAAUGAUAAAUUUGCAACAUCUUGUUUCUUCAAGGAAGAGGUUAUGAUUCCUAAUUUGGAGAAACUGUAUAUCUUUUAUAUGGAAAAUCUAAAGGAGUUAUGGCCUUGUGAAUUUAGGAUAACUGAGGAAGUUAAGCUGAGAGAGAUUGAAGUGAGGUAUUGUGAUAAUCUUGUGAAUCUGUUUCCGUGCAAUCCUACGCCAUUACUACAUCAUCUUGAAGCUCUUGAAUUAUGGGAUUGUGGGUCCAUUGAAGUGUUAUUCAACAUUGACCUGGAUUGUGUUAGUGAAAUUGGGGAAGAAGAUAGCAACAGCAGUAGCUUGAGAAGCAUUAAAGUACAACGAUUUGGGAAGCUAACAUAUGUGUGGAGGAUAAAAGGUGCAGAUAAUUCUCCUCACCUGAUACGUGACUUUAUAACUGUUGAAAGCAUAGAUAUAAGAAGCUGCAAUAUGUUUAGAAAUGUAUUCACACCUGUUGUCACCAAUUUUGAUUUAUCGGCACUUACGGAGAUCUUCAUUCAUGAGUGCGGAGAAAGCGAGAGAAACAAUGAAUUGAUGGAGUGUAUCCAAGAGGAAAAGCUUAAUAUUGUACAAAAGGAAGACACAUCUCGAGUCAUUAAUGAUAUCUCUAAUGUUGUAAUCCCUAUGUGUCACAUGCACUCUUUUCGUAACCUCCGUUCGCUUGAAUUGUGGGGAUAUGAAGGAGUGGAAGCGGUAUUUCAGAUCGAGGGUCCACAAAGUAGAGAAUUGGUAACAACUCAGAAUAAUCAACAAUUACUGCCCUACCUCGAAGAAUUGCAUAUGACUUUUAUGGAGAGGAUGAGCCAUGUAUGGAAGUGUAACUGGAAUAAUUUCUUAAUUACUCAAAAAACACAUUUGGAAUCUCCAUUCAACAACCUGACAACCAUACAUAUGAUCCAAUGCAAAAGCAUUAAGUACUUGUUUUCACCUCUCAUGGCCAAACUUCUUUCCAAACUAAAGAAAGUCGAGGUAAGUGAUUGUGAUGGUAUUGAAGAAAUUGUUUAUAAUAGAGAUGAUGAAGAAAAAACAAAGACAGAUUCUACCAACACAAGCACCAGUUUAUUCACUCAUUUCGAUUCCCUCACUCUAAGUGGCCUAAACAAUCUAAAGCAUAUCGGUGGCAGUGUCAGUAAUCAUCGGAGCAAUCAAUUAUCUUUCAAUAAUACCACUACAACUAAUGCUUUUCUUGAUCAACUUUCUCAAGUGGGUGGUGUUUGUUGGACCUUAUGCCAAUACUCUAGAGAGAUAAGAAUAUCAAGGUGUCAUACAUUGUCAAGUGUGAUUCCAUCUUAUGCAGUAGGAAAUAUGCAAAAGCUUCAAGUUCUAAAAAUAGAGUCUUGCAGCUUGAUGAAGGAGAUAUUUGAAACUCAAGACAUCAAUGACCACAACAGUAGCUUUCAUAGUGCUGAAGAAACUGUUGGUACACCAACCAUUCCAGGACUAAGUAAUGUCAUUAAGUUUAAACUGAUGAACCUAAAGAUAUUGGAAAUCAAAGAUUGCAGCUGUUUGGAACAUAUAUUCACAUUUUCUGCCCUUGAAAGCCUUGGGCAACUAGAAAAGUUAAAGAUAGAGAAUUGCAUUGCAAUGCAAGUGAUUGUGAAGGAAGAACCAGGAGAUCAGACCAGGAAAACAAAUGAUUUGGUCUUUCGGCGUCUAAAGUCCAUUGCACUUGUCAAUCUACCAAACCUCAUGAGUUUCUUCUUGGGGACGAAUGACUUUCGAUGGCCAUUAUUGGAUGAUGUUAUGAUCAAGGAUUGCCCCAAAAUGAUGGUGUUCACAUCUGGUCAGUCAAUAGCUCCAAAGCUCAAGUACAUACACACAAGAUUUGGCAAAUAUAGUCUUGAUUGUGGCCUUAACUUUCCUGUGACAACCACUUCGCAUCAGACCCUAUUCCCAGUUUUAGACAAUACAAGCUCAAGCUCGGCUACUUCAGAAGGGAUACCUUGGUCUUUUCAAAAUUUGAUCACAUUAGAUCUAGCAUAUAAUAAAUUUGUUGUAAAGAUUAUUCCAUCCAAAGAGUCACUACAACUUCAGAAGCUGGAAAAGAUUCAUGUAAGGCAAUGUGUUAUGUUAGAGGAGGUAUUUGAAGCAUUGGAAGGGACGAAUAGUGGUUUUGUCAAACUUCCAAAUCUAAGAGAAGUGGAGUUACUAAGGCUAAAGCGUCUAAGGCAUAUAUGGAAGAGCAAUCAGUGGACAAUAUUUGAGUUUCCAAACUUAACAAGAGUCUCUAUUGAUUAUUGUGAUGGGUUAGAACAUGUUUUUACUAGUUCCAUGGUUGGUAGUCUAUUGCAACUCCAAGAGCUACAUAUAAGUUAUUGUGACAAUAUGGAGGAGGUAAUUGUUUCAGAUGCGAAUGUUGUUGUAGAAGAAGAGGAGGAUGGAAAAGUGAAUGAGAUUUUAUUACCUCGUCUAAGAUCUUUAGAAAUUGAUUCAGUUCCAUGUCUUAAGGGGUUUUGCUUAGGGAAGGAGGAUUUUUCAUUGCCAUUAUUGAGUACUUUGAGUAUCAAGAAAUGUCCAACAAUAACAAUUUUCACCAAAGGAAAUUCAGCUACUCCAGAACUUAAAGAAAUAGAGACAAGUUUUGGCUCGUUUCAUGCCCAAGAAGACAUCAACGCUUUUAUAAAGAUAAAACAAAAGGAGUUUACAGAUGCUGACAGAUAA